AUGGCCAUUUCUCCUCUCCACUGCCACGCCUGCGUCCUGCCCCUCAAACCCCCUAUCUUCAAGUGCGAGGCCGGCCACGUCGUGUGCGGCGCCUGUCGCGGCAGCCACGUCCAGGUCUGCGCCAACGCCGGCGCCGGCGCCGGCACCUACGUCCACUGCGCCGAACUGGACCGGAUCGUGCACGACGCCAGGGUGCCGUGCGCCUACGAGAAGUACGGCUGCACGAGCUGGGUUGUCUACUACGAGGCCCUGGGCCACCAGCGCUCCUGCCGGUUCGCACCCUGCUGCCUCUGCCCGGACCCUGGCUCUGGCUGCGGGCGCUUCACCUCGCCGGCGAGUCUGGCCGAGCACUUCAUCCACCACGGCUGGCACGUCACCGAGGUCGACUACGCGAAGCCGUGCAAGCUCGCCGUCCCGGGGCACCAGGUCAAGCAGGUCCAGGUGGGCAAGGCGGACGGGUGCGUGUUCCUGAUGCUGUCGUGUGCUCUCGGCGCGGCCACGGCCGUGUCGCUGGUGUGCGUGAGGGUGUGCGGCGCCGCCGCCGCGGGGGCACCCCAGUACACCUGUAAGCUCUAG